GGGAAAAAGGAGAGAGUAAAGAAUAUGCAUGCUGCAGGACUUUGGCCUGCCCCAUGUGCAGGAGGCAGAGGCACUUCCCCCCCUGAGUUUAGAGGACACUGGAUCUCACAACAAAAAGGAAUGGAACCAAAGAUUUAGAGCGAGUAGCAUGUUGAGGUCAAGCCAAAGUUCUAACUGUCGCACCGGGGCCUUGAUUUCACUUGCUUUGGAUGUUUGUUGGUCUCUUCCCUGUGUGGGUUAACGUUGCACAACACAAAGUGCCUUCCCUGGACUACCUCUUUCAAACUUUCUUCCAGACAACUGAGGAGUCAAGAUGCCCAUCAACUUCACCGUAGUGCCUGUGGAGGAUGCAGAAGGCAGCGGCGGCGGCAACAGCAGCAGUAGCGUGGCGGCGGUGGGUGAAGGCAGCAGACCUGUCAGUCUGGGCAAAAUCUUCAGGGUGGAAGAAGAUGACGACAACUCACAAGGACCUCACUCCGGAGAUGACGGUCAGAGAGAGUCCAGUCCCUUCAUCAACACAGACAAUGAUAGAGAACAUUAUUAUGAAGGCAAGAACAUGGCCUUGUUUGAGGAGGAAAUGGACAGCAACCCGAUGGUGUCAUCUCUCCUCAACAAGCUGGCCAACUACACCAACCUGACCCAGGGCGUUCGAGAGCACGAGGAGGCCGAGUACGAGGAUGGGAUCAGGAGGGUCGCUGUCAUGGUGCCCCAGAUGGGAACUUUCAUCGGCGUCUACCUGCCCUGCAUGCAGAACAUCCUGGGUGUGAUCCUCUUCCUGCGUCUCACCUGGAUCGUGGGCACAGCGGGAAUCCUGGGCUCCUUCGCCAUCGUCUCCAUGUGCUGCAUCUGCACUUUGCUCACAGCCAUAUCAAUGAGUGCUAUAGCAACCAACGGAGUGGUCCCAGCCGGCGGCUCGUACUACAUGAUCUCCAGAUCUCUGGGGCCUGAGUUUGGAGGAGCGGUGGGUCUCUGUUUCUACCUGGGAACCACCUUCGCUGGAUCCAUGUACAUACUGGGCACCAUUGAGAUUCUGCUGAUCUACAUCGCUCCGAAGGCACCGAUGUUUGAAGAACUGUCCAACAAUAUGCGUGUGUAUGGCACAUGCUGCCUGCUCCUGAUGGCACUGGUAGUAUUUGUAGGGGUGAAGUAUGUUAACAAACUGUCUCUGGUGUUUCUGGCCUGGGUGGUUCUUUCCAUCUUGGCCACUUACGCAGGAGCCAUCAAGACGAUCAUUGAACCACCGGAGAUUAACACCUGUCUGUUGGGAAACCGAUCUCUGAAGAACUAUAUGUUUAAGACGUGUGCCAAGACUGCGCUCGUGAAAAACGUCACAGCAUUCACAGAGCUGUGGAGCAUCUUCUGCGAAAGCGACGAUGCCAAUGCAACCUGUGAUGAAUACUUCACCCUCAACAACCUGACGGAAAUACAGGCCAUACCGGGGCUACUGAGCGGGGUUAUCAAUGACAACCUGUGGGGCGAAUACGGUCCAGCUAAUACCAACAUAGAAAAGAAAAGCCAGCCUUCAGUGCAAGUCCAGGACUCGUCCGGGGACACGUCCAUGCCCUACGUCUCCAAUGAUAUCGCAACCUACUUCACUCUGCUGGUGGGAAUAUACUUCCCCUCCGUCACAGGUAUCAUGGCCGGCUCCAAUAGGUCUGGUGAUCUCAGAGACGCUCAGAGGUCCAUCCCAGUAGGAACCAUAAUGGCCAUUCUAACCACUUCGUUCAUUUACAUCUCCUUUGUGGUCUUGUUUGGAGCCUGUAUUGAAGGAGUGGUGCUGAGAGACAAGUUCGGUUACUCUGUGAACAAAACCCCGGUCAUUGGCAUUCUGGCCUGGCCGUCGCCCUGGGUGAUUGUGAUUGGCGCGUUUUUCUCCUGCUGCGGGGCGGGGCUUCAGAGCCUCACUGGCGCCCCCCGGCUGUUGCAGGCCAUCGCUCGGGAUGAAAUCAUCCCAUUUUUGCAGGUGUUCGGUCAUGGGAAGGCUAAUGGGGAGCCCACCUGGGCUCUGUUGCUGACAGUGGGGAUCUGUGAGAUCGGGAUCCUCAUCGCUUCUCUGGACGCCGUGGCCCCCAUCCUCUCCAUGUUUUUCCUCAUGUGCUAUCUGUUUGUGAACCUGGCCUGUGCUGUUCAGACUUUGCUCUGUACCCCGAACUGGAGGCCUCGCUUCAAGUUCUAUCACUGGACCCUGUCCUUCUUGGGGAUGAGCCUGUGUCUCUCUCUCAUGUUCAUCUCCUCCUGGUACUACGCCCUGGUUGCCAUGGUGAUAGCCGGUUGUCUCUACAAGUACAUUGAGUACAGAGGGGCAGUGAAGGAAUGGGGAGAUGGGAUCAGAGGUCUGUCCCUGAAUGCAGCACGCUACGCUCUCAUCCGCCUGGAGGAAGUGCCGCUCCACACCAAAAACUGGAGGCCUCAGCUGCUGGUGUUGUGUAAGUUGGACUCCGACCUGGGGGUGAAGCACCCUCGCCUCCUGUCAUUCACGACGCAGCUCAAAGCGGGAAAGGGGCUGACCAUCGUCAGCUCGGUCCUGGAGGGAACCUUCAUGACCCGGGGAAACGAAGCCAAGACGGGAGAGAAGAACUUGAAAGCGACCAUGGCAGCAGAGAAGAUGAAGGGUUUCUCCCACGUUGUGGUGUCUUCCAACCUGCGAGACGGCUUCUCCCUGCUCAUCCAGUCAGCGGGAUUGGGAGGAAUGAAACACAACGCCGUCCUGAUGGCCUGGCCCACGGGUUGGACUGAGGCCCGGGACGCCUCCGCGAGGAGGAACUUCAUUGAAACGGUGAGAGAGACGACGGCGGCCCAACAGGCUCUGCUGGUUGCCAAGAACAUCGACCAUUUCCCUGGCAACCAAGAUCGUCUGAAGGAGGGAACCAUCGAUGUGUGGUGGAUCGUACACGAUGGUGGACUGCUCAUGCUGCUCCCAUUUCUACUGAGUCAACACAAGGUGUGGAGGAAAUGUAAAAUGCGAAUCUUCACGGUGGCCCAUAUGGAGGACAAUUCCAUCCAGAUGAAGAAGGAUCUCCAGAUGUUUCUCUACCAUCUACGUCUGGAUGCUGUGGUGGAGGUGGUAGAAAUGCAUGAAAGCGACAUCUCAGCCUUCACCUAUGAGAAGACACUGGUGAUGGAGCAGAGGUCUCAACUGCUCAAACAGAUGCAGCUGUCCCGCACCGAGAGGGAGAGAGAGGCCCAGUUGAUCCACGAUCGGAAUACGGCGUCUCAUUCCGCAACCAAUGACAGAGAUGCAGGUGCACCGCCGAACCGUGUCCAAAUGACCUGGACCAAAGAGAAACUGGUCAACGAGAGGAACAGACACAGAGAAGGCAUGGACGUUAAAGACCUCUUCAACAUGAGGCCCGAGUGGGAGAAUCUCAACCAGUCCAACGUGCGUAGGAUGCACACGGCCGUGAAGCUGAACGAGGUCGUGCUCAAGAAGUCCCGCGACUCGCAGCUGGUCUUGCUCAACAUGCCGGGCCCACCGAAGAACAAGAAAGGGGACAGCAACUAUAUGGAGUUCCUGGAGGUCCUGAUGGACGGCCUGGACCGCGUCCUGUUAGUUCGUGGAGGGGGUCGGGAGGUCAUCACCAUCUACUCGUAGUGCCAAGAGGUUCUGAAUCCUUUUGGAUGAAAACACUGUUGGCCAGUGGAACCCCAGAGGACUGUUGGUGGAGGGAAAAGGCAGGACUUUGAGAUUUAUAAUGGGCAAAGAUGUCAGACAGAGGAAGUAUAGUACACUGCCUCUCACUCUCUCGGAGGAGGCCGGAGGCCCGUGAUCUACCUGCAGCACAGCCUGAGCUCAGUUCAGCGUCUGGGGCCACGGAAGGAUCUCUGCACCCCUUCUUCCAGGGGCUCCCUAACUGACUCUGUACACUGUAAAAAAUGACUACUGUGUGGUUGCACUGGGGAGAUGUUCAUUCCUGAGUUGAAGUGUGUUUUGUCCUUUUUAAGCAUUCCACCAAUUGUUGUCGCUGGUUACAGGCUCAUCGGCUCCAAUGGCGGUUGCAAACAUAGUGCUUUUUAUUUAUCUCAGUAUCUGAACCUUAUCAAUGUAUGACAAGAGCCGUUUUUCAAGUUGGUCAUGUUUGUAAGUUAUUAUAUUUAGAGCGUUUGCCUCAGGUCACUGCAUCAGAAGCCAAAAUGCCAUUGAUCACUGUGGGGCAGUCCAAGGGCAAACUUUAAAAAAAAAAUGUUACCAUUAUCUUUACUUAAAAGAGACCAUGUACAGUGAACACAAAAAUGUAACAAUUUGAUGCACUGUACCAGAUUGUAGCUACAGCAAAUUUGCAUCUGUAGUCCCUUGACAGACCAUAACGAACAUAAAACAAAAACAUGAGAAGGCAAGGAAAGAUGCAACUUUUGUGAUUUUUGUUGAUUUUUGUUGAGUUAACAAUGUAUCUGACUUUAGUGUUUGUAUUGGUGCAAAAUAUUUAGGCAUUAGUACAUAGAGUUAAAAAAAACUGAGCAACAAAAAACCAAGACUAUACAGAACUCUGAUGAGCGAAUUAACAGAGAGGAUUGCGGCCGCUGAUUACGGCCGCUGAUGGCGCCAUCACUUACAUUAUAUCACAGCUCAAACACACCCUUAACGUGUUGCAGUUAAGUUAUAUUAGCCCCUUUAGUUUGCAUCUGAUUGCAAUUAUCCAUUUGGCAAAGUGUAAAUGUCGCCUUUGCGGCAAUUAACUCUGCAGGCAGAACAAUGGUUAAAUGUUCAGGCCGCGAGCGAGAGAACCAGACCGCCGAGGCAUUCCUCUCAGCCUCAGGCUGGGUAUUUAAAUGUGGUGGAGAGAAAACAGUCAUUUGGGAUAUAAUAUAUCAGGCUGUAUAAGAAGAUGGCGUUAUGCGUCAGUGGAAAGUCUGGUCAUGACACCUCCUUUAUAAUAAUAAUAAUAAUCAUUUAUUUUAUAUAGCGCUUCUCUAGACACUCGAAGUCGCUUUACAGUCCAGAGUCCAGUAGUCAUACACACACAGUCAUCCCGGUGGUGGUAAGCUACAUCAGUAGCCACAGCUGCCCUGGGGCAGACUGACGGAAGCGUGGCAGCCAAUCAGCGCCUACGGCCCCUCCGACCACCACCAACAUUCAUUCAAAUCCAUACGAACCGGGGUGAGGCUGCGGUGCACGUCUUUAUGAUGGUGGGGGAAACCGGAGUACCCGGAGUAAACCCACGCAGACACGAGGAGAACAGGCAAACGCCACACAGAAAGGACCUGGAACGACCGGGAUUCGAACCCAGGGCCUUCUUGCUGUGAGGCGACAGUGCUAACCACUGAGCCACCGUGCUGCCGCUUCAUUUGCUUCCAACUCUCUGAGGGGGCAAAUCAUUUUCCUUUAACUGCGAAUAUGACAUGUUUGCAGGCCAACCCCCCCCCCCCCCCCCCCCGGAAGUAAGCUUCACACUGACCCAUGAAUAAAUAGGCGAUGAGAAUGUUUCCCUAUUUUGGAAAUUCUGAUUUGUGCAGAAAAGUUGGCUCAAGUUUAUGAUACUUACCCUUUUUAGUUCAGGAAGAUAAUCUUCCCAAAAUGACCACCACUUUAUUGAUGUCUGCACCCCAAAAGAAUGCAUAUUAUCACAUUUAAAUAUGUGAACGUAGGACUGAUCUGCUAUUUGUUCGACAGCGCAGUAAGGGGUGGAUUUGAGAAGUUUAUUGUUUUUAUUUGUGACCCAUAUAUAGACGUAUAUUGUAUGUGUUUUGUUUCAACAUAUAAUGGGAUUCUGUACUGCGCUGUUAGCCAUUCGGCAAAAUAACGGCAUCAACAACAAAUCCGGAGAAAAAUACAAUGUGUCCAUAUCUAUCUGUACAUAAGGUACCAUUUGUGCCUGUCAACAAUUGAGUCUGUUUAUUCAGAGAAACUCCCAUAAAAUGACAUGAAAGAUGUUGACACACAAAGAGGCGAGAAAAUGUCAAAGCAGGAAGUUGUGAGACAAAAGAAAUGAAACUCGAUCAGUGUUUGGUGAGAUUUAGAUCACUAUGAUUAUUAUUAUUAUUAUGUUUUGAUUACGUUUUAUUUUCUAUAGCCCAAAAUCACAAAUUACAAAUUUGUCCAAGAGAGCUUUACAAUCUGUACACAUACGACAUCCUUGACCUCUUUGACCUCACAUCGGAUCAGGAAAAACUCCCAAGAAACGAUGAUGCAUGCUGGUAACUGAGCCGUCACGCAUCAAAACUUGAAUGUUUGUAUCCAUCAUUAAAAUGUGCUGAUUUCCUA